AUGAGCAGAUCAGCUUCUCAAACACUUGUGUUUUUAGCACUUUUGAUUUACUCGACAGGUUCCUUGGGAUCAAAUUUAGGAGUUGGAGAGCCAAAAAUCAGGUGCAAAGAAGUUGAGAGGCAAGCACUCCUGAGGAUCAAAGAAGAUAUUUAUAACUCCAGUUACGGAUCGGGUGGUAUCCUUUCAUCUUGGGGAAAUGAAGAAGAAAAGAGAGAGUGUUGUGAAUGGAGUGGAAUUCGGUGCCACAACAAAUCUGGUCAUGUCGUCAAGCUUGAUCUUUCUCCUUCAACUUAUGCCAGAAUGCCUUACGAGCACACCGAUUUUUUCAUUGGCAAUAUGAGUUCUUCAUUGGUUGAUUUGCGGUACUUGAAGCAUUUGGACCUAAGUUGCAACUUUGUGGAUGGAAACUUCAUCCCGAGAUUCAUCGGUGGGCUCACCAGAUUAAGGUACCUCAAUCUCUCUUAUACUUGGCUAGAGGGAGAAAUUCCUCCUCAGCUUGGAAAUUUGUCCAACUUGCAAUAUCUUGAUCUUAGCUAUAAUAAGCAACUAAAGAUAAAAGGCCUACAGUCGAUUUCGCGUCUUUCAUCUUUACGAGUGCUUGAUCUUAGUUCCACAAAUAUGAGCAUCGCUCAUGACUGGGUGCAUGUAGUUAACAACCUUCCUCACUUGACAGAUUUGAAGUUAAGUGAUUCCGAACUUCGCGAUAUGGUUCCUCCAUCUCUUUCCCUUGUUAAUUCUUCAAAGUUUCUCGCAGUCCUUGAUCUUUCUGAAAACCUACUCUCUGCUUCUGUAUUUCAAUGGUUGUUCAACUAUAGUCGUAGCCUUGUUCAUCUUAACCUCUUUCAUUGCCUGUCGAAAACAUACCUUCCGGAGGCUUUUGGGAAUCUAGCUGCUCUUGAAUCCCUUUAUCUUGCUGGAAAUGACUUAGAAGGUUCUAUUCCAAUCUCUUUUGGAAAAAUGACUGCCCUUACACAUCUUGAUCUUAGAGGCGGCGAAAUCGGUUAUGAUCCUAGAAGCAAUCGAUUAGGAGGUCCCAUUCCAAAAUCUUUUGGGAAUAUCACUGCCCUUGUACAACUUGAUCUCAGCGGAAACCAGCUAGAAGGAUCCAUUCCAGAAGGUUUUGGAACCAUGAAUUUUCUUCAAUACCUUGAUCUCAGCAAUAAUAUGCUUUCUGGUGAAAUUCCAAAAUCCAUUUGGAAAAUAUGUGCACUACAAGAAUUCCAUGCAUACAACAACAGUCUCAGUGGAGAACUCCACUUUGCUGAAUCAACAUCCCGCGGCUGUGUCCAUUUCCCUUUGGAGAUUUUGGAUUUAGGAAUGAAUAGAAUUGUGGGAUCAUUGCCUAAUUUUACACUGUAUCAAUCUUUGAAAGAAUUUAGGCUCAACUCAAAUCAGCUAAAUGGAAAUCUCUCCAAAAGUCUUGGUCAGUUAUCGAAGUUGGAGGUUUUGCAUAUUUCUGAUAACUCUAUGGCAGAUGUGAUGACUGAAGUUCAUUUUUUGAAGCUGUUCAACCUAUCUCAUUUGGAUUUAUCUUCUAACUCACAUAUCGUUUUCGACGUCUCUUCUGAUUGGAUUCCUCCCUUUCAAUUGGCAAUUGUAGAACUUGGGGGAUGCAAGUUGGGUCCUUACUUCCCAAAAUGGCUCCUAACUCAGAAUUCGAUGUCCACACUUAAUAUCUCCAACUCCGGAAUUUCAGAUUCUAUUCCGUAUACUUUGUGGAACCAUCUUAUUUCCUUAAGAACUCUCGAUCUCUCUGAUAAUGAAUUUAAAGGAAAGAUUCAAGAUUAUCAAGGGCCCCUUUUUUCACCCCUAGAUAGUAUUGAUUUGAGUUCAAAUCAUUUGGAAGGCCCGAUACCACCUUUUCUACUCCAAGUGAAAUCACUAAAUCUGUUCAACAACAAAUUUUCAGACAUAAACUCCUUAUGUAAUUGUACACCAUAUGGGUUGGAGCUGGUCUUUCUUGAUGUUUCUUAUAAUCAAUUGUCCGGGGAGCUUCCUGAUUGUUGGUCACAAGCAGGCCCUUUGCAAGUUCUUGUCUUGGGAAGUAAUAAGUUAUCAGGGAAAAUUCCUACCUCCAUUGGUCUAUUAACUGGUAUAGAGAUAUUGCAUUUGGGGAAGAACAGUUUUACUGCAGAAUUGCCUUCCUCGUUACAAAAUUGUACAGAGUUGGUGAUUUUCGAUGUAGGAGAAAAUAAAUUGUCGGGGCAAACACCGACAUGGAUAGGGAAUAGUCUCACAAAGCUUGUUAUUCUUAGUCUACGAUCAAAUAACUUCAAUGGGAGUAUGCCCUCAGAACUGUGUCAUUUAGUACACCUUCAACUGCUGGACUUGUCUUCAAACAAGCUUUCAAGCAGUAUUCCAAAUUGCCUCGGUAACAUUACAGCAUUGAGAGCAACUGGGGGAACAGAUUCAGCAAUUAGAGAGCCCUAUCAACAAUACAGUCGCGGUUGGGAUGGCAUUCCGUCAGAUUUCUACAACGAAAGGUUGUUCUUGGUAUGGAAAGGAGUAGUACGUGAGUUCAAAAAUUUGGGACUUCUAAAGAACAUUGACUUGUCAAGUAACAAGCUGUCAGGAGACAUUCCAAAAGAAAUCACUCGACUUAUUGGCCUCGUUUCAUUGAACUUGUCAAGAAACAAUUUGAGUGGACAAAUCCCACAAGAGAUCGGCGAGUUGAAAUCUUUAGAUGCUCUUGAUUUAUCAAAGAAUCACCUUUUCGGCAGAAUUCCUUCAAGUCUCUCCCAAGUAGACCGUCUCAAUACACUGGACUUGUCGAGCAACAAUUUGUCAGGAAAAAUUCCAUCAGGCACUCAACUCCAAUCACGUGAUCCAGCUGCAUAUUUGGGAAAUCCUGAGCUUUGUGGAGCCCCACUUUCAAAGAAAUGUCCAGGUGAAGAAGAACCAGCAAUUUCUAAAGCUAUAGAAGAUGAUGUCAUCGACGACGAACAAGAUGAGUUUAUAACCGAAGGAUGUUACAUAAGCAUAGCAGUUGGAUUUAUAGUUGGAUUUUGGGGGUUCUGUUUGACAUUUAUCAUCAACAAAUCUUGGAGAUACAGAUACUUGAAGUUGUUGAACAACGCCGGAGAUUCGCUCUACAUAACUGUAGCAACGCACAAGGCCAAACUACUAACUGGUGAUGAUUGACUACUAAUUACCAUCAUUAUCAGGAGCUUUAGCAUCUCAUAGAGAAAUAUAAAUUCCCUUCAAGUGAAGACAACAUUUCAUGAAUUGGAGACUGGGGAGCUUUCUGUUUCAGAGUGAUGAGUUGGGAAUUUUCUUCAACAUUCAAUUUAUAAUGUUAAAAUAGGACUUGUCAUGUAUGCUGCUGGUUUCUAAAAGAUAGUUGAACUUAAUUUGUUGCUUCAACCUUUCGAUCUAAGGGGUAAUGGACUGGCAUUGCGUUUACCGCCCUGCUUCAGUGUUUAUGUUCUCUGUUUUUUAUGUCUAUGUUUCAGUGUGUAUUACAUUUCCCGUGGCUGUUUUAGCACAACAUAUUUUGAUAUUAGAUGUGUUUCGUUGCAUUGUAUUGGAUUGUACUAUCAUAAUAGAAGACAU